AUGGGAAAUUUCCCGAAAUGGAAUUCGCCCGUAGAAGUAGAGCGGAUAUAUAAGCAAAAAUCAGUGCUGCAAAAUAUGAUAUGUAUGAUUCGACACGCUUGUAUAGCAUGGGAUGAAGAAAUUGGAAUAAUAACGUUAUUUGUUUCACUCCUACUACACAAGGGCAUCGAGGCUUUUAGUGUUGGUCUUCAAAUAUCGCGCACAGUCGCGCAAAGAGUGAAACUACUCAGUGCAACAAUUAUUAUUUAUUCACUUAUGACGCCAGUAGGGUCGAUUGCAGGUCUCCUCUUGCAUAGUGCGCACAUCUACGAGCCAUACAAAGAAGGCAUCAUAUUUGUCUUGGAAGCACUUGCUAUUGGAACAUUUUUCUACGUCACGUUCUUUGAGGUAACAUAUGGACAAAUAAGAAUCAAGAAAUUCUAG